GGGGGCUCUAGGGGCCCCCCGGGUGGGAUGCUCCGCGCAAACCCCCCGCACCCGCGUUAAAUGAGCCCGGAGAGCGCGGAGAAGCAGCCCAAGCGCCGGCGGUGGGGGACACUCUUGCUGCAGACGCCCAAGGAGCUCCACGCCAUGACUCUGGCCGCGUACAAAGAGAAGAUGAAGGAGCUGCCUCUCGUCUCCCUCUUUUGCUCCUGUUUCCUCUCGGACCCCCUGAACAAGCCGGCGUACACGUAUGAAGCAGACACGGUUGACCUCACCUGGUGCGUCAUCUCCGACAUGGAAGUCAUCGAGCUCAACAAGCGCACCUCGGGGCAGUCCUUCGAGGUCAUCCUCAAGCCCCCCUCGUUCGACGGCGUCCCCGAGUUCAACGCCUCCCUGCCCCGCCGGCGCGACCCGUCCCUGGAGGAGAUCCAGAAGAAGCUGGAGGCGGCGGAGGAGAGGAGGAAGUACCAAGAGGCCGAGCUGCUGAAGCACCUGGCGGAGAAGCGGGAGCACGAGCGGGAGGUCAUCCAGAAGGCCAUCGAGGAGAACAACAACUUCAUCAAAAUGGCCAAAGAGAAGCUGGCGCAGAAGAUGGAGUCCAACAAGGAGAACCGGGAGGCCCACUUAGCGGCCAUGCUGGAGCGUUUGCAGGAGAAGGACAAACACGCGGAAGAAGUGAGGAAAAACAAGGAGCUCAAGGAAGAAGCCUCCAGGUAAAGAGGCGAUGGUUGGACUGACAGCUCCGGGGAGGUGGCGGAGGCUGCCGCAAGCGCAAGGUCGGAUGGUGGAAGGGUGGACGUUCCUCUGCUUUCUUUGUUCGUGAAUGUAAAGAGUUGACAAGUGAAGCCAUCCUAUUCGUUUCGGGGAGGGUGGGGAGGGAGGAGGAAGAAGGGAGGGUGGGCGGGAGGGUGCCGGCUUCGGGAUGCCCAUCUCCUUGGUGGGUGUCACGCACCACCCGUCAACCAGGUCCGGAGGAGACAGCCGAGGGCUGGCGAAGCGGAGGAGGUGGCCUCCCCCCUCCCCCAGGGAAAAGCUGGUGUGUGUGUGUGUGUGGGGGGGGACACGGAGCAGGUGGGGAGGGAACGGGGCAGGGAAAUGUGCGUCUUGUGUGACUUUAAUUUAGUGCUGGGCAGGCAGGGUGGGCAGGCGGGCGGCCCUCCGACUUCUUUCUUCUCCUCCAUCCCACCCCAUCGAUGGGCAGCGGCAUCUCUUGGCGUCCCUCUCUCCUUUUUUCCCGCCUGGACUCAAGGCCUCUUGCCCAGAGCAGGCGUUAUUUGCCCAUAGACCUUACGGAACCAUUUUGGGGAAGGGGGAGAAGAGAUUCCCCCCCAUUGGAGGUGGUCAGAGUGUGAGGCUCACUUGCUCCAAGGGCUUUAUCCGGCCGUGGGAGAUGCUGAUGAUCCUUUUCAAGGGUGAAAUUGAAAAUCCCCGUGACUUCCCAAAGAGCUGCUUUUUUUGUAAGAACCUGCUGAGAAUCGUCUUUGUGGGAACUCCUGGAUGAAGUCCCCUUUUCCACUGUGGAGCAGCUGGAGAGCCAUCGGCUUAGAGGUUAUUUGAAAAGGGAGAUCAGCCCCACGGAGAGCGAGAGCAGGAGAGGAAAACAGGGCAGGGAUGUGGAAAGGACAGGAAAAAAAAACAAGAGGGAAAGAGGAGCUGGGGGAGCCGAGGCUGGAGAGCCAGAGGUGGGAUGGAGAUGCCUCUCUGGAGAGCAGGAGAAGACAACAGCCAUAGGGAGCCCCUGGGGACAGGGUUGGCACCUCCUGGUGACACCGGGGAAGACCGGGCUGGGACCCACCAACAGCUCCUGACCAGCCCAGAAGGUGUUUUAGGGGAGAUGCCGUGCAAUCUCCUGGGUGGUCGUUGCCUCCAGGGAGGGUGAGAGAAGCAGAGAGCUCGCAGUGAGAUCCUUCUCGGCGGGAGAAGAAGGAGAGCCUGUUUUCUGUUGGGCGUGGGGUGGGUAUGGCCCCUCCUCUCCCGGUUGCCAGCGGGCAGUGGUCCCAGUACCGCAACGCCCUGGCACCUCAUCAGCCCCCAACCCUAAUGCUAACAGAAGGUUUGGUCUCCGCUAUGGCCAGGUAAAGGCUUUCCAAGCUCUGAUUCAGGUCUGGAGGGAACCGUGUCUCUUUACCUGUGCAAUGAGAUGCUCGCCCGCACCCAGGAGCCCCGGGGGGGGGGACCAGCCCUUGGGGGGGGGGAGCAUGGGAGAGGGUGGCGGGCGAAGGAGACGGAGGGGGCUGUUCUAGCUGUGGCACGAGCUGUCGUUUUUUUUUUUGUAUACAACUGUUGUAAAUAAACUGCCUUGGCAUUUCUUUCGUUUUCUCA